ACGUGAUAGUUAACCAUGGCUUCCUUCUCUCAGUGAUGGAGACGCAUCGUUGACAUUAAACCAAAAGUGUAACUUUAUAAAUUUGUCCACUGAAUACAAUUUGGAUUUACAAUGCAGAAGAUCAAGUCUCUCAUGUCCCGGCAGGGCUUGAAAAGCCCCCAGGAGAGCAUGGCAGACCUCAGUCCUGUGGAGAACGUGAGAAUCCCAAGCAAGGAAGAACUGCGAGAGCUGAGGGAGCAGCCCGUUGACCCCCAGGCAGAGCAAGAGGUCAUCGACAGCAUUGAGGAGGUCUACUUCUCUAACGAAUCGUUUGACAUGGUGCAGCAUGAACUGGAGAAACUCCCACCUGAGCUGAGCCUGCAGGAACUGGAGGAGCACAGAGACAAACUGAAGAGACAACAGGCAGCAGUUUCUAAAAAGGUCGCUGAUCUCAUUCUGGAGAAGCAGCCUGCUUAUGUCAAGGAACUGGAGCGAGUGACGGCAUUACAAACCAACCUGCAGCUGGCAGCAGUCAUUUGCACUAAUGCAAGGAGGCAACUGACUGUGGCAAAAGAAGGAUUCACAGAGGCCAGCCUGGGUCUACUGGCCAAUCAGAGAAGACGACAGCUACUGACAGGCCUGCUGAAGUCUCUGAGGACCAUCAAGACUCUCCAAAGAACAGAUGUAAGACUCAGCGAGAUGCUUGAGGAAGAAGACUAUCCAGGUGCAAUCCAGCUCUGUCUGGAAUGCCAGAAGGCUGCCAGCACCUUCAAACACUACAGCUGCAUCAGCGAAUUAAAUUCCAAACUACAAGACACUCUGGAGCAAAUAGAGGAACAGCUUGAUGUUGCUCUGUCGAAGACUUGUAAACACUUUGACGUUGCUCACUACACCAAGGUCCAGCUGGCGUACACGCUGCUCGGCAAGACACAGACUGCUAUGGACCAGCUGCACAUGCACUUCACCCAGGCCAUCCACAACACGGUGUUCCAAGUGGUGCUGGGGUAUGUGGAGCUGUGUGCCGGCAAUGCUGAUACCAAGUUUCAGAAGAUGCAGUACAAAGACCUGUGCACGCAUAUCACCCUGGACAGCUAUAUUCCCUGCCUGACUGAUCUGUGCAAGGCAUUAUGGGAGGUGAUGCUAAGCUACCACCGCACCAUGCAGUGGCACGAGGAGCAUGACAAACAGGAGACCACGCCCACUCCAGAUGACUCUACAGCAGCAGAGUGUGAUGAAGUGUUGGUGGACCGCAACUAUGUACAGAAAAAACUGGAGCACGGGCUGACUCGGAUCUGGCAGGAUGUCCAGUUGAAAGUGAAGGCUUAUAUUCUGGGGACUGACAUGUCUAACUUUAAGUACGAUGAUUUCAUAGUGGUGCUGGAUGUCAUCAGCAGGCUCAUGCAAGUUGGUGAGGAGUUCUGUGGCAGUAAGUCGGAAGUAUUGCAAGAGUCUAUCAAAUGCCAGAGUAUCAACUAUUUCAAGAACUAUCACAGGGCACGAUUGGAAGAACUAAGGAUGUUUCUGGAAAAUGAGACAUGGGAACUUUGUCCCGUUAAAUCUAAUUUUAACAUCGCACAGCUCCAUGAGUUUAAGUUCAUGGGCCAGUGUCGCUCCCCGUCCCUUUCACCCAGCAGACAGGUCGUGUCCUCAACCAGCCUGUUACAGGAAGAGCAGUCUCUUUUCCAGCGGUACCUCAUGGAGGGAAAUCCCUUUGAGAUGCACAUUGAGAAUAAAGAGGAGGACACAGACGAUGUUCUAGCGUCCAACGGGUAUGAGUCUGAUGAGCUGGAGAAGAGCGUUUAUCAGGAUUACGACAGCGACAGCGAUGUCCCCGAGGAGCUGAAGCAGGACUAUGUGGAUGAGCAGACUGGCGACGUCCCGCUCAAGAGCGUGUCACGGGAGACCAUCAGAAGCAAGAAAAAGUCAGACUACAGCCUCAAUAAGAUCAACACACCAAUCCUCACCAACACCACCCUAAAUGUGAUCCGGCUUGUUGGGAAGUACAUGCAGAUGAUGAACAUUCUGAAGCCCAUUGCCUUUGAUGUCAUCCACUGUGUGUCACAGCUCUUUGACUACUACCUGUAUGCUGUAUAUACCUUCUUUGGACGUAAUGACAUGUAUGAGUCAUCGGGUCUCGGCCUUAUCAGCAGCAGACUGAGAACCACACUAAACCGGAUCCAAGAGAGCCUCGUUGACAUGGAUGCACUUGGAGAAAAUGCGGGCGUCCACAGCCAAGCAGAGGACAGAAAGGAGAAGGUCCCCAGUCCUCAUCUCAGCCAGCUGGUAGUCCUCACAAACAGUGAGACUCUUUACGGUCUGGCACAGAGGGUAGUGGCGACUGAGUCUCUUGUAUUUCUGGCUCAACAGUUUGAGGCUCUUCAGUCCCACCUGGACACCAUGAUGCCUGCAGCCAAGAAGCCUUUCCUGCAACAGUUUUAUUCUCAGACGGUGUCGACAGCCAGUGAACUGAGAAAACCGAUAUACUGGAUUGUUGCGGCCAAGGCUAUUGACUACGAACAAAUGUUGCUCUUGAUGGUUGGAGUUAAGUGGGACAUCAGGGAGAUAAUGUCACAGCACAAUGUGUAUGUGGACGUGCUGUUAAAGGAGUUUGAGGAAUUUAACAAGCGGCUCGCUGAUGUUUCUAGACAUGUUCGUAUCCCACUGCCUGUGUCCAAUGUCCUGUGGGAGCACUGCAUCCGCCUGGCCAACAGGACUCUGGUAGAGGGCUACGCUAAUGUAAAGAAAUGCAGCAACGAGGGCCGGGCCCUGAUGCAGCUGGACUUCCAGCAGUUCCUGAUGAAGUUGGAGAAGCUGACCGACCUGAGGCCCAUCCCUGAUAAGGAAUUCGUAGAGACCUACAUCAAGGCCUAUUACCUCACUGAGAACGACAUGGAACAGUUUAUCAAGAAUCACAGGGAAUACUCCAUGAAGCAGCUUACCAACUUGGUGAACGUUUGCUUGGGUUCACAUAUAAACAAGAAGGCCCGCCAGAAACUUCUGGCAGCUAUCGAUGACAUCGAUAGACCCAAGAGAUAGGCCCUCAGGCAGAACGCACCCAAACGCUGGAGCUGGUUAAUCUCACAGCGAAAUGCUUACAAGCUGCAGCUCUGCAUUUUCAGCAAUGAAAAUACACACCAAGGUCAAAGUCUUAGAAGAUAAACAUAAAAUUCUGUCCUCAUGUUACACAGUUUCAUUUGAAAGACAAGAGUGCUGCACUCACAUUUGAUAACUGUGUCAUAUCAGAGGAUCUGCUUUCUGAAAAAGAAAACAAAAAACCCCAGAAUGAACAAAAAGUUUAAUAACUACACUACACAAUUUUAAUGUAUAAAAAAAAAUGUGAUUUGAGGUGAUUUAGCAUUCAGCUACAGGUGCUGACAACUCGAACCAUGUUUUUUUUUUUUUUAUUAAAACUGUUGUGUACUUAUUAAAGUGUUUGUACAUUUUAUGAUUACUUACAACACGCACUACACCUUUGACUGCAAGUUUCUGAGGAUAUUAUUCAGAAUAUAUGCACUGUUGAUUGCGCUAAGCUCAGACCUUGGCUAAAAACUCUCAACACUGCACAUAUUCAGAGUUAGCAAACAACACGUGUUGCAGUCAUUCAAAAUCAAAAUGUAAAAAAUGUAUGCAAAUGUUAGCAAAAUUUUGGAUGUUAGGUUGAAAAGAUUCAUGGUACCAUGAGCAAGGAUCUGCUAACAAUCUGUUAUACAAAAAUAGAAGCUGUUUAGCACCUUACAGACAUAUAUCACUGACGAAUGAGGACAAAAUUAGCACCCAGUAAUUCAUUAACAUUUCUUCCAAAGAUUCAACAGAACCUCAGGAUCACAACUAAGAAAUGUGACAGUACCCCCUUUUAAGUUAGCACUCAGUCAACAUGACCUAAAAUGCCUUUAUAGGUCUUUAGGCCCAUUUGUGUUAGUGCUUGUCUCCAGAUUCCGUAGCGUCAAGCGGUUAAGAGUCUGCGACAACCCCUGGAUGUUACUUCCCCUGCUGAGGGUUUUACCCAUUUACAGUUGGGUGGACUGAGACAGGUAGCGUGAGUGGCAUUUGAACCCAGAUCUGCAUACUGGAAGGCCAGCUCAUAUCCACUCAACAACCUGCUCUACCAGAGAAGAAGGCAUUAAUACAAAAUCUACUUCAAAAGGUAGACAAAAAAAAAAAAAAAACUACAGUUGGUCAACAGGACAAGCCUUUUUAUUUAAGUUUUUUGGGGGCAGUGUCUUCUUCCUUGGCCAACAACCCUAUAGACCACGGGGAUGGAGCAUGUUCUUAGAGGUGGAUAAUGUCACAUUUUUAUCUGAUGCCUAAAUCUCCAUCGAUUCCUUAGAUGUUCCUUCCUUAGAUUCUGUUGAAUAUUAAAAAGAAAAGUUAGUUCACUUGUGUUAAUUUUCGCAUCAUUCCUCAAUGAUUUAAGGUCUGUUUUGUCCCAAGUGUUUUAUAUGUUUGUAUAAUAGAAUGUACAGUUGCUAGUGGUACCAUGUUUUGUUUUUUUAGGUUGUUCCUAAGGAAGAAUCCAAAAGUAUGCUCCUGAUACCUUGGUUUAAUUCUUUAGUGUUUCUUUCCUGUUCUUAAAAGCAAGGAGGCACCGAGCCUUCAUUUAGCACAUAAAUGCAGCCAAAGAUUUCCCAGUUAGUCCUUAAUUGUUCCAAUUAGUCAUUCAGAACCUUUUACAAGUAAUUCCAUUAAUUCCUGGAAUCUUCUAUCUGGAUUAGAGGCAUUUGUCUUUGUGUACGUUAUGUCAACUAUUGGCCCACUGAAAGUCUGAGUGAAUAACAAUUGAAAACUAUCUUGUAACAUUUUUAAAUAGCUUUGCAUAACAAAAGAGUAAACACUGUAACAAACAUAUUGUUUGACUUUUGUUUUAGCUAAAGUGUAUGGAAAGUUACAUCUGCAACUAUAACUUGAAAGACCAAUGCAAGAUUGAUGUAAACCAGUAUAUUAAAAAAAGAUACACCAAGAUGGCCCUAUGCAUUUUGACAUUUUAGAUCACUAAUAUAAUAUAUCAUAGGUUGUUGACUUGACUUCAUUGCUGUUUUGAGUAUAUGGUGGAUUUAUUAUUCCUAGACGGUUGCCCUGUUGAUUAUCAAAGAUCCCAAGUUAAUUAAAACAAACAACCAAACAAAAAAGGGAUUUCUUACAAUCGAAGCAGUCAUCAAAUGCAAGUGUAGCACUCAGAGGUGUGACUCUUGUUUUAGUACGGCUGGUGUUAUAUAAAAGUGAACUUGUCCUUUAAAGAUGUUUUCAGUCAGUUGUUUCUUAAAUAAUCUUGUUCGCCUACAGUCGCACUGAUGAUCAGAACCACUUUUGCUUAUAACACAAUGUACAUAAAUGCUAAAAAUUGCUUCUUUCACAGAAUAAACAUAUUGCAGUUUCUCUUUUCACAGUGUAUCUUAAAACAUGUUUCCAUCCAGCAAAGAGCUGUUUCCACUUUCACAAUAUCUGCCGAGAUAAAAAU